AUGCGACCUCGGUCAACGCCUCUUGUUCGCGCGACUUGUCGCAACGCGCCCCUACCUCGAACCGCGUCAUACGGAGCACGUAGCUUCGCCGCAGCAUCGCAAACAAAUCCGCUCCGUUGCGAGACCCGUCGCCCGGCUCUGUUUUUUCAACAAUCCCAGUGUACACCGCAGCAGAAGAGGCUAAUCACGCAACAAUGGCUGAAGCGCGUUCAGGAUGGCAAAGAUGAGUGGGCUCGGCAUGCGGAGGAGAUUAACGAGGGCAAGAGGAAGAGCUUCGCGGCUCAUCUGGAAGAACGCGGGUUGAUUCAUGAUGUUGUUGGAGAACGCGAUUUGCUUCAUCAGGUGUUCACCGAGAAGAGGGUCGGUAUCUACGUCGGAAUUGACCCUACGGCGCCAUCUAUGCACGUGGGACAUAUGUUGCCGUUUAUGGUCCUGGCUUGGGGAUAUGUUUGGGGCUUGCCUGUCACCUUUUUGUUGGGUGGCGCUACAUCUCGAGUUGGUGACCCCACAGGUCGACUAAAGGGCCGCGAAAAAGUUCAUACCUCGAUUCGCAAGGCAAACAUGGCUAGCAUGCACAUGCAAUUGAAGAAGCUGGGCACUAGCAUUGAGCAGUACGGCAGGAGACACGGUUAUCAGAAACAGGCUAUCUGGAGACGAGCGUUGGUCAACAAUAACACUUGGUGGAAUUCAAUGCCUUUCAUUGAGGUCCUGCGCGAUCUAGGCGCCUUCACUAGGCUGGGACCUAUGCUUGGCCGAGACACUGUCAAGAAUCGGAUGAACCAGGGCGAUGGCAUGUCUUUUGCUGAGUUCUCCUACCCUCUUCUCCAAGGCUGGGACUGGUGGAACCUGUUCCAGAAGGGUACUCAAGUCCGUAACACUGCCGAUGAGCAAAAACGUAAUCCUUUGGACUCGGAACUGGACCGACCCAUUGGCUUUACAACGCCUCUCUUGACAGCCUCGUCUGGAGAGAAGUUCGGAAAGUCCGCUGGUAAUGCAAUUUGGCUCGACAAGAGCAUGACUACCACUUUCGAGCUUUACCAGUUCUUCGUCCGCACCCCUGAUGAUACUGUGGAGCGCUACCUUAAGUUGUUCACUUUCAUCCCCCUACCUGAGAUUCAUAGAGCUCCCAAGCUUGAGCGACAUGAAUAUCGGUUGCCCGACCCCCGCAGUACAGUGGUGUUCCAUGAGUAUUUGACCUUGGGUACUUCGGCCGUGGGCCCACUUUGUAGGCCCACUUUUAAUAUUGCCAGGCAGAAACCUCGAAAAUUCAAUCCAAUUUAA